UUUUUCGUUUUGAUGGACUUUUUUGUCAUUAUUUACAAAGAUAUAUCACACUUUUUGUCAUUAUAUAACGCCUUGUUAAAUAUCAUGGCUAUUAUUGUCGCGAAUACGCCGCGACGCGACGUACCGAAGACACAUAUAUACAACUUCCAAGCAACGUGUAUAUGCUCCACGUUGCAUGUCAACGAAAUGUCAAGCAUCUAUUGUCUACGUCGUAGAAAAGCGACCGCCUCGACUUGACGCGUUUUUGGCGAACUCGUGUUCUCCUCGGGGAAAAUAAUAUACCUUGCGAAACAUGAAUUUACAAAUUAUCGCCGCUUUUAUCGUGACCUGUCACUUCGCGAAAGGGGAUAAAAUGAUGCUCUUCGAUUUCACGGAUGCGCAAAGUGUGGACGAUUGGCGGGAGAUGUCCGACACUGUGAGAACAGUGGGAAAAUCCAAAGCUGUCUUAACGCUGCAAACAAGCCAGCUCUUCCAGAGAGCGGUCCUCUUCACGCUACUGAAUCCGCAACCAAACGGUGCCGGUUUCGCUGGCGUCAGAAAACCGACGAACCUGGACUUGUCGAUAUUCAGAAAUAUCGAGAUCAGUUGCCGGGGGCAGGGGCAAAAUAGCCACUACAAGAUAUCCUUGAGACAUCGAGGAGAGAAUUCCAAUAAGGACCUCAGCUAUGAACAAUUCUUCACGGUACCAAUGUCGGACGACGAAUUUUCCACGAUGACUUUACCUUUGAAAGACUUCAAACCUUAUUAUCGUGGACGUGAGAUUCCGGACGGUGAGCCUCUAGAUACAGCAAAUAUCACUAUGUUUGAGUUUCAAAUUUAUGGUGGAGUUUACCAGCCCAUCAAGCAACGUGGCGUGUCGGCGUUAGAGAUAGAAACUGUAGCAGUUUCUUCUUAAUAAUCCAUUCUGAUCUUCUAGUCAUAAUAGAAAAAAAAACGCAGCAUCUCCUGAAGAACUUUUAUUUAUAUACACAUCAAAAGUUUACAUCUAUGAAUGACAAACAUUUAUUGGAUAUUCUAUAUUAAAAAUAAAUAAUUGUUUUUUAUAUUUUCGCAAUUGUUAACAAA